GGUUGAUGGGAGUUCCAUGCGCUAGCUUGUGCGUUGCAAAGAAGUUGGAGGCGAUUGCAAGUACCCGCAUUGUUUCUGUAUCAGCAAAAGAGAAGAGAAGGACAUUGAUUAUCGACUUAUUCAUUUCGAUCUUCAUUCCAAUCGUUUACUCAACCUUAUCUAUCGUUUAUCAAGGGCACCGAUUCGACAUCAUUGAAGGCAUAGGUUGCAACCCUGCCACUUACGUUAGUUGGCCGUAUAUCCUGCUGGGAAUCAUUCCUCCACCAAUCAUUUCAGCAAUUAGCUUGGUAUAUUCUUGUAUGUGUCUCAAACACUUCGUCGUUCGUCGAAAGCAGUUCACAGCAGUGUUAUGUUCGGCAGGAAGCGAUCUCAACAAGUCACGAUACUUGAGAAUGAUGGCACUUUGCUCUGCGGAAAUGUUAAUAGACUUACCUCUUUGGAUUAUUCAACAAGGACUUGCCUCAGAACAAUAUGCACGUACGUACGAGCCUUAUCAAUCCUGGAGUUAUGUUCACUAUGGAUUCGGAACAGUUCUCAGUAUUCCAAGUACCAUUUUUGACUUACCUGACGCUCACAAGGCUUGGAUUAGUUCUGAAAUGUCACGUUGGACUGCUCCCGUUAGCGGUUGGAUGGUAAUUCUGUAAGUGUGAUUGACGAUAUUAGACAGAAUGUUGAGCUGAUAAUCUUCUCAUUGUUUUGGAUAGCUUUUUCGGAUUCAACGACGAUGCAGUGAAAGAAUAUGUUUACAUGUGGAACGCUUUCACUUCGUUUUUUAGGAGAAGGCUAUUUCGACAAAACAAUGCAAUAUUGACAAAAGGG